AUGGCCGCUGACCACCCCAAAGCGGGGAUAUACAGCGCCACCUACAGCGGCAUUCCUGUGUACGAGUACCAAUUCGGCCCGGACCUCAAGGAACAUGUUAUGCGUCGUCGAGAGGACAAUUGGAUCAAUGCGACCCACAUCUUGAAGGCUGCUGGCUUCGACAAGCCCGCCAGAACCCGCAUUCUCGAGCGUGACGUGCAAAAAGAUGUUCACGAGAAGAUUCAGGGCGGUUAUGGAAAAUACCAGGGGACGUGGAUUCCUCUUGAUCACGGCGAGGCCCUUGCCCAGCGUAACAAUGUGUACGACCGUCUUCGACCCAUCUUCGAGUUCCAGCCGGGCAACGAGAGCCCCCCUCCCGCACCGAGACAUGCCAGUAAGCCAAAGGCUCCCAAGGCCAGGCCUGCUGUUCCAAAAUGGGGCAGUAAGGCACAAGAGAAAAAAGCCAGCCUCUCCCAAGCCGCCGUCCUCGCACAUGCCCAUCACCAAGGUGCUGCCGUCCAAGAAGAGUACGACAAUGCGAGCCAGAUGAAUGAAGAUGACACGCCGGACAACCUGACCGUCGCCUCGGCUUCGUACAUGGCCGAGGACGACCGUUAUGACAUGUCGCAUUUUUCUACCGGUCAUCGCAAGCGCAAGCGGGAGGAGAUGCUGCAGGAUGUGACGGAGCAACAACACUCAGUCUACGGAGAUGAACUGUUGGACUACUUUCUCCUUUCUAGGAAUGAGCAGCCUGCCAUUCGGCCAGACCCUCCCACGAAUUUCCAGCCCGACUGGCCGAUUGACACGGAGCGACACACCGCGCUGCACUGGGCGUCGGCUAUGGGCGAUGUCGAAGUGAUCAAGCAGCUAAAGCGUUUCGGUGCCAACCUGGCCUCGCAAAACGUCCGCGCCGAGACACCCUUCAUGCGUUCCGUCAGCUUUACCAACUGCUAUGAGAAGCAAACCUUCCCGACCAUCCUGAAGGAGCUGUUCAGCACCGUCGACGUGCGCGAUAACACCGGCUGCACGGUCAUCCACCAUGCCGCCAUCAUGAAGAGCGGCCGUAUCACCAGUCAAUCAUGCGCUCGGUACUACCUCGACCACAUCCUCAACAGGCUCCACGAGACUCGGUCUGCUGAAGACAUGCAGCACCUGAUCGAUGCUCAAGAUGACGACGGUAACACCGCCUUGCACCUAGCUGCCAUGCGCGACGCUCGCAAGUGCAUUCGCGCGCUGCUCGGCCGUGGUGCAAACACUGACAUCCCCAACAACCAAGGCGUGCGCGCGGACGAAUUGAUCACGAAGCUCAAUGCCGCCAAGGCGAAACCCUCGCGUGGACCGCCCCAGCGUUCCUCGAGCCCGUUUGCGCCCGAUUCGCAACGCCACAACAGUUUCCGCGAUGCCAUGACCGAGUCGGAUAGCAAGCUCCAGGCCAGCUUUCGCAGCGAGGCCGCCAACACUGUCCAGUCGCGUAUUACUCCACUUGUCCUCCAGAAGUUCCAGGACCUUGCCCAGAGCUACGAGGCCGAACUCGAUGAGAAAGGCGAGGCGGAAAAGGAAGCCAGGCGGAUUCUGCUCAAUACCCAAGCUGAGUUGGCCAACCUGCGCACCUCGGUCGCCGAGCUCGAGUCCCGCCUUGAGGCCGACGAUGUUGCCGCCAAGACGGAAGCCGAAGCGACCGAGACUGCCAAACAAGUCAUGGCCUACCUCACACACCAAAACCGUCUCGCGAUCCAGGGUGCCAUCACCAAACAGCUCGCCUCUGUCAACGGCGACAAAACCAACAAACCCUCCGAACAACCCAACGGCCAGCCGCCCACCUCCGAUCCCACCUCCAACCCCACCACCAUGGAUAAGACACCCGCGGAAGCAGACGACAACAGCUCUCCUGAGGAACGUUUCCAACUCGCCACCGAGCUGCGCGCCCUGCUCCAGGACCAACGCCGUGCCGAGGCCGAUUACGUCGAAGCCCGUGGCCAGACAGGCACCAGCGAGAAGAUCGACAAGUACAUGCACCUGCUGCGGUCGUGUCUCCCGCCUGAGGACCAGGAGAUGCUGGACGAGAAUCUCGAUGAUAUGAUCAAGAUGAUGGAGGACGACGUGGAUGUUAUGGACGGUGAGGGUGCAGCUGACCCGGCGUCGUUAUCGUUGCCUAUUGCUCCUGGUGUUGGUGCCGUGCCUGCGUCGUCGAUGGGUGCGCCAAUGGGUGUGCCGGUCGGGUUGGGUGUCGAGGUGUCGUCUUUGUGA